GUGCAAUAAUUCUGCGACUCUGGCACCCUUCCCAAAUCAAAAGGGACAGCGAGGAGGAAAAGAAGCUCUUAAAGGCGUCAUCUUUUCUCUUCCAUUUGGUUUCCUCUUGAUUCCGUUCAAAAUUUCCAUCACUGUUUUCGCAGCACCAGAAAUUAAUCCUUUUGCAAAUAUCAGCUGAUCCUUCUCGUCGUAGUUCCGAGCAAAAAAGAAUUUCUUUUUACUGUUUCUUUAUUUUCUGUUCGUCCCAUCUAAUCGAAUCCCCAUUUUCCCAACCGGGUGGCGUCACAGAACAAGAACACGACCAGCUCCUGUUCCUUAGAUCUGCGAGGACGCGACGAGGGGCCCGAAUCCGGCAAAAGGAUUCGUGGUUAAUUGGGAGGAGCGCACGAGCUCGCUGUCAAAAAAUCCAAUCUUGGCGGCCGACCGUGCGCCAUCGUCUUCUUCCUGUGGUGAUAAGGAGCAGAAGAGGCCGGGGCGGAGAUGGUGCCGUGGGAAGGGUACGUGAGCGACGAGACGAUGGGCACCUUCGCGCCCAUCGUGCUCUACUGGGUGUACGCCGGCGGCUACCAGCUGAUCCUGCACCGCCGGCCGCUGGAGCGAUACAGGCUCCACACGCAGGCCGAGGAGGAGGAGAAGAACCUCGUCAGCCUCCCCACCGUCGUCCGCGGCGUGCUCCUACAGCAGCUCGUCCAGACCAUCGUUGCGAUGAUCCUGUUCAGGGUCACUUCGGAUAGUUCAACAGCUAUAGUUCAGCCACCUAUUGUCAUUCAGAUCUUUCAGUUUUUCAUUGCAAUGCUCGUGAUGGAUUCAUGGCAAUACUUUGUUCACCGCUACAUGCACCAAAACAAAUUCCUCUAUCGUCACAUCCACUCACAACACCAUCGGCUUAUUGUUCCUUAUGCUAUUGGAGCUCUCUACAACCAUCCAUUGGAGGGGCUACUUUUGGACACUUUAGGUGGUGCCAUCUCCUUCUUGAUCUCUAGUAUGACGCCAAGGACUGCUGUGUUCUUCUUCUGUUUUGCUGUACUCAAGACAGUUGACGAUCACUGCGGACUUUGGUUGCCGCAUAACAUCUUCCAGCACUUGUUCCAAAAUAACACUGCCUAUCAUGAUAUCCACCAUCAGCUGCAAGGAUCGAAAUACAAUUACUCUCAGCCUUUCUUUUCAAUCUGGGAUAGAAUAUUGGGGACCCAUAUGCCCUACAACUUGGUCAACCGGAAGGAAGGUGGAUUUGAAGCAAGAGCAUUGCGAGACUAGCUUGAACUCAUGCAAGUGUAUAGAACUCCAGUGAAAGAGUGAGAUACAAUGCUCAGCCUCCCUUUCACAUCAUUAGAAGCUCAAAGGGGCCAUCAAACUCAAAGAGGAUGAAGCCGUUCCAGUACACGGUUCUUUUUUCGAAUCUUAUUUGAAGCCACGCGCUGCAUGGGAAGAGAUUGAAGGUCUUGCGUUGCUUGUUCAUUUCCUACAGUUAAUCUAGCUAGAGCGUGUGUGUGAUACUGUACGGUUUGUGCUCAUGGUUUUCCUUAUCAUGGUUCUUUUCUUGUGCAGAGCUGACAUUUACAUUGCUGUGCAGGUAGUGUAUUUGAAGAUCACACUUCUAUAUGUACCUAACUAAUUUAUGUAAUUGAAUCUCUGGGCAUGAUCAGUAUCUUUGAGUAUCGUCUA